AUGAUAUACUACGGCCAGUUGAACAAACCAAAGGUGGACAUCUUAUUUCAGCAUGCCGCCGACUCCCUUGUUCGUAUUCCUGACGAGGAAAUCUUUCCCCGGUGGCCCCAAGGCCUCACUCUCACUAAGGCUCUCGAGGAGCUCCCACCCGACGUUUUCGUCAAGCGGCCUAGGCUAGCGCUGUACGAUAUUUUUUCAAAGCACAAAGUCGUACAUCUUCUCCCCAAGGGAUUGGCGGAUGAGGCAGAAGCAAUGGAAGUGCUGGGUAGCCAACCCCACCCAAGCAUCGUUGGAUACCAUGGUUGCCAUGUGCGACGGGGCUACAUCACUGGACUCGUGCUGGCCCAUAACGACCUCAACCCCACAAAUGUUCUCGUGGCAAAGGAUAGUAGACCCAUUCUGGUCGACUUUGGCUCGGCUCGUAGGAUUGGGGAGAAGUUAUUGACUAGCCGAGGUACGAAAGGUUGGAUCGAUUGCGAGGUCAGAAAUGCGACAUGA